GAAAACUCAUUCAUCACGAGCUGUAUCCUUAUCAAGCAGCAGCUAGCUGUUAGCAUUGCGCGCUAACCAGCGAUAUAUGAAAUGACUCGAUAAGUCGCUCGUAACUUCACCCGCACAGCUUCAUCUAUUCAGCCGCAAUAUCAAGCGGAUGAAUUUCUACCUUGUACGACACCUUCCUGCUCGGGACUGAGCGUCUCGUGUUAUGGGAGAUACACGGAUGUCAGACGAACUGCGGGCUGUCAACCGUAAAAAUGUCCGAGUAAAACGAGCCCGCUGCCGCUGUGACAGCUGUGUGUUGAUACUGUAGCACUGAUCAACUUAAAACUGAAUCAUGCCUGGAAAACUGAAGGCCAAAAUCGUGGCAGGGCGCCACUUGCCUGUCAUGGACAGAGCCAGUGACCUUACUGAUGCUUUUGUAGAGGUUAAGUUUGGAAACACAACUUUCAAAACUGACGUUUGUCCCAAAUCCCUCAAUCCACAGUGGAACUCAGAGUGGUUCAAAUUUGAGGUUGAUGAUGAAGACUUGCAGGAUGAGCCGUUGCAGGUCACAGUGUUGGACCACGACACUUACAGCGCCAAUGAUGCCAUAGGGAAAGUUUACAUAGACAUUGACCCGCUGCUGUGCAGUGAGGCUGCCUCUGUCAUCUCUGGCUGGUUUCCCAUCUAUGAUACAAUCCACGGUAUCCGAGGAGAGAUCAAUGUGCUCGUCAAAGUGGAGCUUUUCAAUGAUUUGAACCGCUUCAGACAGUCCUCCUGUGGAGUCAAGUUCUUCUGCACCACAUCCAUUCCACGGUGCUACAGGGCGGUGAUGGUGCAUGGCUUUGUGGAGGAACUUGUGGUGAAUGAAGAUCCAGAGUAUCAGUGGAUCGACCGUAUAAGAACUCCUCGGGCUUCCAAUGAGGCCCGUCAGAGGCUCAUCUCACUUAUGUCAGGAGAGCUGCAGAGGAAAAUAGGUCUUAAGGUACUGGAGAUGGGCGGGAAUGCAGUGGUGGGCUACUUGCAGUGUUUUGACCUGGAGGGGGAGUCGGGCCUGGUGGUCCGCGCCAUAGGCACUGCCUGCACGCUGGACAAACUCAGCUCUGGAAGCGCCCCCAGCACCAACACACAUGUGCACCCUAACACAGCCCCUGCUUCCAAUGCCUGCAACUCUCCCUCAAAGGAUGGAAAGGAGCCGGUAUUUGCUGAGGACCUGAUCUCGUCCUCCGGCCCGCCAACCCCUUUCAGAGCCCUUCCCACCACCUCCUCCUCUCCUCCCCCCUUCUCUCCCUCCAAGCCAUGCAGCCGCCAGUCCUCAUCAUCAGACACAGACCUCAGUUUGACGCCCAAGACGGGAAUGGGCAGCGGGGGAAGCGCGGGGAAGGAGGCAGGACCUCUGAAAACUCUGCUCAGACAACAGACGCAGACGGCUCUCGAGCAGAGGGAGUUCCCCUUCUUCACCUUGACGUCUUUCCCAACUGGUUUUCUGAUUCAUGUCGGUGGAGUGGUCAGCGCCCGCUCUGUUAAACUGCUGGACCGCAUACACAACCCUGAUGAGCCAGAGACUCGUGACGCCUGGUGGGAAGAGAUUCGCCAAGAGAUCAAAUCUCACGCCAAAGCUCUGGGUUGCCAUGCUGUUGUCGGGUACAGCGAGAGCACUAGCAUCUGCGAGGAGGUGUGUAUCCUGUCAGCAUCAGGCACAGCCGCCAUCCUGAAUCCUCGUUACAUGCGUGAAGGCUGCCUCGACAUCGGAAUCACCGACCACAGGUUUGAGGAGCCGUCUCCCCCGAGCUGUGGCUUCUGCCACAUCCCAUAUGAUGAGAUCAACAUGCCAUUUCCUGCCCAGCUCACCUACUGUUACCACUGCAGGCGACAAAAGGUUCCUGAUGUGCUGUUCACGACAAUCGACCUGCCGCCAGAAGCGGCUGUCACAGGGAAGGGCUGCCUCAUCCAGGCCAGACUGUGUCGUUUUAAAAAAAAGGCCCAGGGUGAAGUGAACGCGACAGCCAUCUCCAACCUGCUGCCUUUCAUGGAGUACGAGCUACACACGCAGCUGAUGAACAAGCUGAAGCUGCGGAGCAUGAACGCUCUGUUUGGCUUACACAUACAGAUCAGUGUCGGAGAAAACAUGCUCCUGGGUUUGGCUUCUGCUACAGGCGUGUACCUGACAGCCCUGCCAGCACCAGGUGGCAUCCAGAUAGCGGGGAAGACUCCUGGUGACCUGAGCAAUGAGCACCACAUCCUCACCAUCCAGAAAAGGAUCAAUGACACGAUAGCCAGGAACAAAGAGCUCUAUCAAAUAAACCCUCCGAAAUUAUUUGCCCUGGACCCUGAGGUGUUCUGCGGCAUGAACAUGGAGCUGACGGAGGAGGUGGUGGGUUCUCCGAUUCCUGAGCCGAGGCAACGAUCUAGACUUUUCCGCUCCCACUCGGAAAGCUCAGAUGAACUGUCAGAACUGGACCUCUCCCAUGGCAAGAAGGAUGCCUUCGUCUUGGAGAUUGAUGACACUGAUGCUGUGGAGGACAUCCACUCCCUCCUCACUGAUGCACCUACUCCUGCAGGUUUCUACAGCUGCAACUCUGAGGUCAUGCCUGGGAUUUUGAACUGGACUUCAGGAGUUCAGAUGUUUACAUCGGUGAGGGUCUUCAGGUUGAGUAAUGCCAAUCUCACUAACCAAGGCUUGAACAAGAUCUUCACUGACCUGUGUGAGAAUCUGCUAAAGAGUUUUUACUUCAAGUUGCGCUCCAUGAUCCCGUGCUGUCUGUGUAAGCUCAACUUCACUGUAGCAGUGCCAGAAGAAGAACUCAUACAGGUCGCAGUGACAGCGGUUGCCAUGACGUUUGACAAAGACCAGUCUCAAGAGAAAUCAGCAGACAAGCCCACCGUCAGAGGAGUUAGUGAGACAGAAGAGCAGCUGCAGUUUCCCCUGGAGUUAUGUGCAGACCCGUCAUCCACCAACAUUCAGCCAUCAUCCAAAAUCUCAGGUGUCCCAGAGAGUACCAACGUCUCAUCCAGAGACAGAUGCAGCACCUGGCUAGAGCUGCUUAGGCUGAAAGCUCACACCAUAAGACGAGGAUCAGUUAAGACAAGUAGGAGGACACAGUCUCUAGCACACUCCGUCUCAUCUUUGGAGCGCUCCAGUCCCGUGCCUGAGGGACGGUCCCGCUCGCUGCGCUCCAACCGCUCGUUAGGGGGCAGUUCAGUCACCGUGGUGAAGAUGACACCGCUCUCCUUCCUCCCUGGGACACGAAUCAUUAAAUACCUUGGGAUCAUCAACAUGUUUUUUAUCAGAGAGACAACAUCGUUACGUGAGGAAGGCGGUGUCAGUGGCUUCCUCCAUUCAUUCAUAGCAGAGGUAUUUGCGAUGGUUCGAGCCCAUGUAGCAGCCCUGGGUGGCAAUGCAGUGGUGUCCUACAGCAUGAAAGAGUGUGUGUUAAUGGAAAAUCCAAACAAGAACCAGGCUCAGUGUCUCAUUAAUGUGAGUGGUGAUGCCGUCAUCUGCAUCCGGGAAACGGACCAGGAGCCAACUGCUUCAACGACAAAUGUUGGACAGACUUGCAUUAGUGCAGCAGAUGGGGCCACGUGACAGUGAAACACGGAGCCUCGUUUUGUCUGCAGGACGCACAAACUGCGUGAACACGCUCUCUGAGUCUAGCCAUCCAAAUAUUAGUCAUUUAUGUCUGCCUUAAAACUGUAAAAGAUCCAAAGGUUUGGACACAGGUAAUAAAGAACAAGUACAACAUGCACACUCGAAAACGUGCAGUCUGGAUUAAUACGGGAGUACAGGAUGUUUCUGUGUUUUUCCCGAUGUUUAAAGUGAGCAUUUGUGCAGGAGAUAUGGACGUUUAAAAUCAACAAAAGCGCCCUUAUGCAUAAAAUUUUGCCUGUGUAUUAAAUCCGUCCAUGCU